AUGCUGAACCGGGUUACUCCUAGUGAGGCAUCCGGCGUCACUUCAUGUGCUCCAGAUCCAAUCAUCCCUCGGGAAAAAACAGCUAAAUGGCUCGACACGAAGGCGAAGACGAAACGUCGAGGCGAACAACAAUGGCAUCACGGAGUGAGGAUGCCUCAUUCGAGAAGAUGGCUCACUGAGGAAGAUCUGGCUCGACACGAAGGCGAAGACGCAACGUCGAGGCGAACAACAAGCAUGGACCAUCGACUCGGAUCACCGGCUCUGAGGAAGACGAAGACGUCGAAACGUUAG